AUGAGCACAGCAUCAGUUUACGUGGCAGUCCCACCGCCGGGCUAUACUAGACACGCAGUCAAUCCACCAAAUCUUCACAAAGAACUCGCUGCUGUCGGUAUCUCGACAACCGCACUUGCUCUGGUAGCAGUAGUCUUGCAGCUCUUUACAAGAGCGCAUGUUACCAAGAUGGGAAUCCACCUCAAUGACUAUAUGAAGUCCGGCUUGGGCUACCAUAUGUGGGAAGUCAAGACAGAAGACUAUGAGCUUCCCUUUCAGAAAUGGACGCUAGUUGGUACUAUCCUAUAUGCCACCAGCCUUGCCUUCUCAAAGCUCUCCAUCCUACUUUUCUACCUACGUUUAUCACCACAGAAAGGGUUCCGCACAUUGGUCCAUAUGCUCAUCGCCUGUGUAAUAGUGUACGCAACAAUUUACGACCUCGUCAGCACCUUUGGCUGCAGACCGAUAGCCGCAACAUGGGAUCUCACACGUUUGCCGGGGGCUGUGUGUAUGAAUCAGCUAACAAAGUACAUGGCGCUUUCAGUACUGAACAUCGUCAUUGACGUGAUUACCUUGGUACUUCCGAUACCCGUUGUCGCAAGACUACAGAUGUCGCGGAGACGGAAGAUCACUGUUUGCGGCAUAUUCGCGACCGGAGGAUUCGUAUGCCUCGUGGCCAUUCGUCGAACAACGCUCUUGAAGCCGCUCAUGAUCUCACCCGAUUAUACAUGGGAUGCUGUUGAGCAAUUCCAAUGGUGUUUUGCUGAAGUCAAUGCCGGAAUCGUCUGCGCAUGCGCACCCGCCCUCAAUCCGUUUUUCGUGCGCUACGUUCCAGGCCUUCUGAGUUCCCAUUUCGGUAAUAGUAAAAGAGAUCGUGAUGGAUUCAAGAGCGAUAAACCAACGCUACCAGCAUCAAACGAUCGAGAGCAGGCCAACGAAGCAUAUGGACUCCAAUUGCGGGACGACGUAUCUGAGAAGACAGCAACAACGAAGCAUAGUGAAGUUGGUGACGAGUCGACACUUUGGCAGAAUCCUGCGAACAAGGGCACUGAGAAGGAGUUGAUUACUACCUAUUUUGUUAAACAUGCCUGUUGAUAGAGUAGUAGCUAUGAGGACCUAAAGUCUAGUAUGCCAGAAGACAAUAUUCAUAGUUGCGUCUUCUCAUUUGGUCUCUUUUGUGGUAGCACAGUGCAUCGAGUUUGAGAUCGUGUACUCAUUGGUUCGUUCGACUAUGCCGAUGAAAACUUCCGAAGCCGUCGUUUUAUGCGUCGUUGUGGCGUGGUCAUCGACCAUUGACCAUAGCUCAAGCUCCGCGCCGCAACGCGAACUUCGAUUCUUGAGUAUUGUCAAUUCGUCUACAGACAUAGUGCUACCUGAAGUGAUGCAGUUUGCUCUUAUGGAAGUUUCUUUGCUGUGCAAUGUUGUGGUGUACCUCGGUACUCAAGAGCAAGCAACAAGGACGAGCGACAGGAGUAUACGUGUUGUAGGUAAUCUCCGCAGCUUCGGGUACGCUAAUGCAUAGACAUCACACCUUACUACUGCCGUGCCGCAUGCUUCGG